AUGGUCCUCGUUCUCGUCAUUGGCGACCUCCACAUUCCUCAUCGUAUUCAUGACCUUCCAGCAAAGUUUAAAAAACUAUUGGUUCCAGGAAAGAUUCAGCAGAUUCUAUGCACGGGGAAUAUCUGUGAUCGAGAAACGUAUGAGUAUCUGCGCACGGUCGCAGCAGAUGUCCAUGUCGUGCGAGGGGAUUACGAUGAGAGUGCUGCUUUUCCGCAAUCAAUCACUGUAACACAUUCACCAAUCAAAAUUGGAGUCAUUCACGGUCACCAAUGUAUACCCACUGGAGACCUUGAUUCGCUUAGUGCACUGGCGCGACAGAUGGACGUCGACGUCCUCGUUUCGGGGCACACACACACCUUCCAAGCGCUCGAGUACGAUGGGCAUUUCUUCGUCAAUCCAGGAUCGGCUACUGGCGCUUGGUCAGGCGCCUUCAUUGGCGACCCCACUCCCUCGUUUGCGCUUAUGGAUAUCCAAGGCCCCGUGGUGGUAACCUAUGUGUAUCAAUUAAUUGAAGGCGAGGUCCGCGUCGAGAAGAUAGAAUACCGAAAGGAUGCAGACGCCCUCGCCAACCGUGAAGCAGCAAACGCGCCACGCAGCACUGUCAUGCCGCAAUCUAUUCCUAACGGCGGUAACGCUUCACAGCAAAGCGUAUGGUAG